AGUCACUGCCGAAGGUUCUCCAGAGAACAGCUUUUCGCAAAGAUGGCCUUCGCUCUAGCACUCGCCCCAGCCACCCUGGUGCUGAUGGUGAUCGUUGUGGUGGGCGCCGCCCUGCAAGCCGCCACCCAGGAGCGCAAGAAGAGAAAGCAACAACAGUGUGUGCCGAAAAGAGUCUCAUCCAAAACCCGAAGCGGUGACGACCUGGAGAUUGCCCGACCCACGACCGCCCCCGGACCCACCCCGCUGCCCGUCAUCGGCAACAUCCACAACAUGGCUAAAUACGCCGAGUGCCCCUACGAAGGAUUUUCCGCCCUCGGGAGAAAAUACGGAAAUGUGUACAAACUUUACAUCGGCGGCACUCCCGCAGUCGUCGUCGGCGACUACGACGGAUUGAAGGAGGUCCUAGUGACCAAGGGCAACGUCUUUGACGCCAGGCCGAACUUCCUCCGCUUCAGAGAAUACUUCGGGGGAAACCGAGAUCUAUCCCUCGCCCUAUGCGACUACUCUGAACUCCACAAGAAGCGCAUCUCCCUCGUGAGGAAUUACCUGACCUUCCGCGGCACGGAAUCCUCUUUCUUGGAGCGCUUCGAGGACAACAUCGCCGCCGAGAUGCCCACUCUCACCGACCAAAUCGACCAGGUCCUGAACAAGCCCGUCAAGACCAAGGAACUCCUGUCCUACUGCGCCAUGAACAUCUUCAGCGGGUACAUGUGUUCCCGGAAAUUCGACUACGACAACAAGACCUUCCAGAAAUUCGUCCGCGACUUCGACUUCAUCUUCGAGGACAUCAACAACGGUCACGUGACAGACUCCCUGCCGUGGCUGGCGCCGUUCUUCCGCUCCUACUUCAACACGAUCAAGGGCGUCACGCAGAACAUCCGCGACUUCAUCCUGGAGACCGUCUUCAACGAGAAGUACCGCCAGUUUCAAGAGGACCCCCAGAACGUAUCCGAUCUGGUCGACGCUUGCUUCGCCAUUAUGCAUAGAGAUGACAAGGAUGAGAAAUGGGACUGGGAAACCAUCCUGUACAUCAUCGAGGACCUCCUGGGAGGAUCCUCCGCCAUCAGCAACAUCGUCAUGAGGUUCCUCGGGUUCAUUCUCGUCAACCCUGAAUCGAUCGAGAAACUGCACGAAGAGAUCGACGCCAACAUUGGAAGGGAUCAAGCACCCACCUUGAGUGACAGAUCCAACAUGAACUACAGCAGGGCCGUCUUGUACGAAGUCUUGAGAAUGACCUCUUCCCCAAUCGUACCUCACGUCGCUACCGAGGACGCUACCAUUGGCGGCUAUUACGUUGAAAAGGGCUCCACCAUCAUCCUGAACAACUACGACAUGAACAUGAACCCCAAGUUCUGGGAUGAACCUGAGAAGUUCAAGCCAGAGAGAUUCAUCGUCGACGGGGAACUGAAGAAGCCAGCCCACUUCAUCCCCUUCAGCACCGGCAAGAGGUCCUGCGUCGGCUACAAAGUGGUCAUGGACAUCACCUUCUUCGUCACGACGACGCUCCUCCAGAGAUACGACAUCAGACUGCCAGAGGGCGUCACCCCCGACCUCCCCAAGGGCAAAAUCUCCCUCACCUGGGACAGCUUCGAAAUGAUCUUUUCCCCAAGAAAGUAAAUUAUUUUCCAAAAAUGAGAGAGAGGAGAGAGAGAGAGAAAAAAAAAAAGGGUUAUUCAGGAACUAACAUAUCACGUUUU